AAUCUCAAAAAAAAAAAUCUGGAAGAAAAAAGGAGAGAAAGGGGAUGGAUCAAUACUGGGAUUAGGAUGGAGUCGUCCGGCGGCGUGGCGGAGGAGAAAGCCAUGGCGGCGACGGCGUCGAAGAAGGUGUGCCGGCGGUGCAAGGGGACGUUCUCCCCGUUGGAGAACACGCCGCUCUCCUGCAGGUUCCACCCGUCCUUCUUCGUCUGCCGCCGCCACGACGACCAGAAGAGGUACUACGAGCUCAAAGACGGCGACCCGCCGUACGCCGCCAAGUUCUACGACUGCUGCGGCGCCGAGGACCCCGACGCGCCCGGAUGCGCCACCGAUCUCCACCGCUCCUACGACGACGACCUCGACUAGCUACUAGUAUGCUCGGUUCUUCUUACUAUGCAUGUGAUCCAUCGAUCGAUCAAUCUUCCGUUGCAUCCAUGCUCUGCUUUCUGCUUCCUGUCCUGCUGCUCUGGAACAAGCUCAGUGUUGUUCUGUCUAUCUGAUCUGUGGGUCUGUAUAGCGAAGACCAGUGGUCCGACUGUUUUGGUUGUGCUGGAUGCAUGCAUCUUGCAAUCGCCUGUUCAUGCUUCGAUCUGCUUGCAUUAAUUCGAGGUAAAACUGUCUGCAGAUUCUAGAUUCGAGCAAUUCAGAGGAAUAAUAACACCCCUGAGAUCACCUCUCAACA